AUGUACCGCUCAAACAUCUUGCGAAUCGCGAGGAGUUUUGCGAAGUCCGCUCCGGCAUCUACUGCGGCUACCAUUGGCUCCCCUGUGGCAAAGCCGGGCAGCUUCGUGUCGACCCCGGGGCCGGCACCAACGUCAACACCCGCGCCCACCAUGGGGACGGGUCUACGAAAAAAGGUGAUUAAAAAAAUAAUUAAGAAGGUGAAGGUUGUUAAUAAGAAUCAACAGGCCGUUCCAGAAGCGUUAGCGGCAUCCAAUCGCACAAAUGUACAGACCGCCACGACGGCGUCAAGCCCUCCCCCUCUCCCUCCUCUGCCUCAGGACGCGCGCAUAGCGGCUAACCCGGAGCCCGUUGAGACUCGCCGGUAUACCGAAAAGUCUUCCCCAAUUUCGCAAAGAUCCGGGGCCCCGAAGCCAGAUGAAGAGAACCAUAACGCCGAUUUUGAGCUGUCAUCGCGCACGGGUGAACAACUGCGCCACGAGCUACGUGGCAUCCCUUCACCCGAUAGUGAAAUUACGAAUGAUACGCACGCCGCAGAGCAACCGGGCAGUCAGAAAAAAACGCCCAUGGUAAAAGGAUACCGAAUUGAGGAGGUGCUCACAUUAUGUGGACCAUCCGAUGCGAUGUUCGCACGGCGACUACCAUCUGGCGGCUGCCAGUUCUUUGCCUGGCCGGGCACCCCGCUGAGCGUCGCGAGCAACGCGAUUGUCUCCAUGCCGGAUACCAUUCGCACGGUGCACGCCGUGUUUGGCCGCGCCGGGACGCCUAUUGACCUCGUGAUGGAUAUCGACUGCCCCGUUCCGCAGGAGCACUGGAGCAUGCACAAAAUCGUCCCGUACCACAAGAAAAUCCUCAACGACGUGCUGAGUGUGGUUACCGAGGAAAUCGAAAAGAUCGGCGAGACCAUCGAAAGCCAGGUCGUGCUUCAGUCGCCGAACCUCAAGAAAGCAUCUUUUCACGUCCACACCAAGCUCAAGGAUGUCGCGUUUGCGGACUACAACUCCCUCUACGGCUUCCUAUCCCGCUUCCACGCCCGCAUCCCGAUGGUGGACACGCAGAUCUACCGCAAAAGCGGUAUGCUUCGCAUGUUUAGCUGCAUGAAGGAGAACCACACCAGCGCGAUGGUCGUCUUUGAUGAGCCCAGGUGGAACAUCGGGUUCCCGGGCGGCCGGGUGCCCGAUCGGGCCGCCGCUUUGCACUCCGUCAUCGUCCGCGAGGCGGGGACUUUCUCGCGCGUGUUAACCUUCGAGCCGCCGCGCUCGUCAGAGGAGAUGCGGCAUUCCGUGAAAUCCGGCGAUGAGGCCGAGGAAGGCGCUGAGGUGCGCCCACCCCGCGUGCUGCUCCCGCGAACCGAACAGGAGGCGGUUGAGACGGCCUCGCGAUGGCUGCGGCAGGCGACGGAGCGGGAGGUCGGGGAGUGGCGCGCGUGGAUCGGCCUCGGGCUCUGCGCCUUUCGCAUCGCGUAUCACUUCCGCGACGCCACGACGCUGCGGCGGCCUGCGAUGGAGGAGAUGCUCGACGCGUGGCGCGAGGCCAGCCAGCAUUGCCCGAUGAAGUUCCGCCACGGCGACUGCGAGCAGCGCUGGGCGUCCUUCGAUAUCAGCAAGCUCGGCGGCGAUGAGGGGUGGUGGCGGGCUUACCAGCGCCUUGGCCGGCUCGAGGUGCCCACACAGGAGGCCCUUCGGAUGCAGGAAAUAGAACGAAAUGCUGCUAGCGCCACGAAAAAGAACUCCAUUCGGGGAGGCUCUCCUGGAAGGGAGAACAAGUCCCCCGGUGGCCCAAAGAGAGAGCCCUUUUAG